AAUCCAUUUCUGCAGAUUGUGUUUUACGAGGACAAGGACUUUAAAGGGAGGUCUUAUGACUGUAAAGGAGACUCCGCUGAUCUCCACAGCUACAUACGACGCUGCAACUCACUGAAGGUGGAAGGCGGCUGGUGGGUCGUGUACGAGCGAAACAACUACACUGGCUACCAGUAUGUGAUCGGCCCUGGAGACUACAAUGGCUUCCAGAAAUGGAUGGGCUUCAACGACUGUGUGAGAUCUUGCAGAAUAAUCAAAAGUGCAAAGGGCCCAUACAAACUGAAGCUGUUUAAUCGACCAAACUUUGAUGGUGUAUCUAUGGAGCUGUCAGACAACAUGAAGUCUGUCCCAGAGCAGUGGCAGAGGAAUGAGGUUCUGUCCUGUAAGGUCCUGGCUGGUUCUUGGGUGUUUUUUGAACAUCCAAACUUCAGUGGGCGUCAGUUUCUGCUGGAGAAAGGAGACUACAGGCACCACACUGAAUGGGGAGCUCUUCGAUCCACAGUGGGAUCCAUCCAAAGAGUGAUGCAGCUGUGA